GCUGGUUGGCGGUGGUUCCGUGUCUUCUCCUCCGCCUCAGCAGCCCCAUUGGUCCGCGGUUCUCUUGAAUGAAGCGCCGCAGAAACGCUCAGGCAGCAGCAGCAGCGGGUGAAGGAGGAAGCAGCGCGGGCCACACGCAAGGACAACAAGCCGACGUGCACGCACUCAGCGACGCGACCGGCGGCGGGGCGGACACUGGCGGUUAUCUGUGGACCAGAAGCGACUGGCUCUCUCCCGGAGAGUGAAUGAGGUUGAUGCUGCUCUGCUGCACGUGGAAGGACGAACGCAUGGGAGAGGAGGAAGGAGCUGGAGGCAGUUUGCCCGUGUGCGCGGGAUGCAAACAGAGGAUCUACGAUGAGCAGUACCUCCAGGCCCUCAACACUGACUGGCACACCGUCUGCUUCAGGCCGGUGGAGCUGUGAAACAUCAGAGCUGCUGUCCUCUCACUGUCUAAACAAGACCCUCAUUCCCACGGGAGACAUGUCAGCAAGCGAGAAGCCACUGCCACACACAAAGUGUUGUGAGUGCAGCGCCUCGCUGUCCCACUGGUAUUAUGAAAAAGAUGGACGGCUUUUCUGUAAGAAGGACUACUGGACCAAAUUUGGGCAGUUGUGCCACGGCUGCAACGACCCCAUCACCACCGGCCUCAUCAUGGUCGCAGGUGAACAGAAAUAUCAUCCUGAGUGCUUCAGCUGUCUGAACUGCAGGACGUUCAUCGGUGAUGGAGACACAUACGCUCUGGUGGAGAGAUCCAAACUCUACUGUGGUCACUGUUACUACCAGACCAUCGUUACCCCGGUGCCAGACUCUCCAUGCUCAAAAAUCCCUCACACGGUCACACUGGUGUCCAUCCCAGCCUCUGCCGAGGGCAACAAUGGUCGCAGAGGGCGAGGUUUCUCUGUGGCCAUCGAUCAGCCACUGAGCCCGACCAACGGCUUCAACCCUGACCAUGGACACACUGUCCGAGUCUCACAGGUGGACACAGACUGCAUCAGCCCAGACGUGAAGAAUUCCAUCCAUGUUGGAGAUAAAAUACUAGAAAUCAAUGGGACGCCCAUUCACAAUGUUCCUCUAGAUGAGAUCGACCUGCUGAUCCAGGAGACGAGUCGUCUGCUUCAGCUCACCAUCGAACACGACCCUCACAGUCCGGGGCACGAGGGAGGCUCUUCAGAGGCUGAAGAACAACUGAACGACCCCCUGUCCUUCCCUCUGUCUGAUGGACCCAGUCCCAUCCUGCCCAUCACUCAGCCCCCCAAUUCAGACAUCAGCAACCUCAGAUCACGCAUCAUCACACGGAGCUGCAGCAUUGAUAAGUCUCCAGGCUCGAGCAACGCAGCGUCUCCCAUCUCACAGAGGAAAGAUAUCAAUCGAUCAGAAUCACUCCGUGUCGUUUCAAACCGAACGCACCGCAUCUUCCGCCCAUCGGACCUCAUCCACGGAGAGGUGCUGGGAAAGGGCUGCUUCGGACAAGCCAUUAAGGUGACGCACAGGGAGACAGGGGAGGUGAUGGUGAUGAAGGAGUUGAUUCGCUUUGAUGAUGAGACACAGAAAACUUUCCUGAAAGAGGUGAAGGUCAUGCGUUGCCUGGAUCACCCUAAUGUACUCAAGUUCAUCGGAGUCCUCUACAAGGACAAGAGACUCAACUUCAUCGCAGAGUACAUCAAAGGAGGCACCCUGAGAGAAAUCAUCAAGAAAAUGGACAGCAACUAUCCCUGGAACCAGCGGGUCAGUAUUGCCAAGGACAUCGCUGCUGGGAUGUCAUAUCUGCAUUCCAUGAACAUAAUCCACCGGGACCUGAACUCACACAACUGUCUCGUCCGAGAGGAUAACACAGUGGUGGUUGCAGACUUUGGCCUGGCCCGGCUCAUGAUCGACGACAAGCACGAGGAGAAGUUGUCGCAGGGUAAACUGCCAGGUCUGAAGAAGCCCGACCGCAGGAAGAGGUACACGGUGGUGGGAAAUCCGUACUGGAUGGCUCCUGAGAUGAUUCACGGGAAGAGCUAUGAUGAGAGAGUAGACAUCUUCUCUUUUGGCAUUAUGCUCUGUGAGAUAAUUGGCAGGGUGAACGCAGACCCAGACUACCUCCCCAGGGCGAUGGACUUUGGACUAAAUGUGUCUGGUUUCCUGGAGCACUUUUGUCCCCCAGAUUGUCCCCCUGCCUUCUUCCCCAUGGCUGCUGUGUGCUGUGACCUCGAUGCAGACAAACGCCCUGCUUUCACCAAGCUGGAGGAGUGGCUGGAGAACCUUAAGAUGCACUUGGACAUUGGUCUCCCCGUAGUGUCUGAACUGGACGUUCUGCACAAGGCCUUCUGGGACAACCACAGCAUCAGGCGCCCUGAAAACGGCCUUCACACCCACCCUGAGCAGCUGGAGUAGCACUGAACACAACAGGAGGCGCGGGAAGGUAGAACUCGUCCCACCAGUGCAGCGACUGCCUGCGUCAGGUGGUGCAGUGAUUGGAGGAGUCGUGUGAAUGCCCCUCCAUGUUUGACGCGGGCUCAGAAUGGCUCAGGCUUACUGAACAGACUCAGGGGGAAAAUGUGGAUGUGAAAAGCCACACACACACACACACACUAGCAUUCAUUCAAAUCAAGAGACGCGAACCAUGAUAGCCUGUUUCUGCGGCACUCAAUGCUACAGUGAACAUGUCAUGCCAUCACACCCAACUUUAAAACCAUGACUCAAGCUUCUGAAUCAUGCAGAUUUAACUUAGGCGAUCACGCCAUUCAAGAAUACUUGCUGUAGUGAACUGUAGUGUGUAAAUCCUCGUGGUCAAAGCAAACCUUCCGCUUGCUCACUCUGGGCCUCUAAUUGUGCACUAUGUGUUUGCAGGUGUUUCUGUGUGAGUUUUUUUUUUUUUUGGUUUGGAUCCUAAAACUGAAUUUAUGAAAAAUGUGACGGAGACAGGGCCUGUGUGUCGAGAUGAGAUACUUCUGUCGUCCACUUGUGCAAGUCAAACACAAUCUUUCAGCUUUAAACAGCUCAUUGAAGAGUGCAUGGGUGUAAAAACUGCUGCCAGGUUAGAUCCUGCUUCUGCAUUGUGUCCAUCUGACCUCAGGCUUACUUGUCCUUGCAGCUCUGCUCCACUCCCUCAUUCAUUGUAUAGCACUGACUUUACACUGAGAUACACAUUAUCGGCAUACAUUCGGUACUUUGUCUAAUUUUAAGAGCAGUUAGUGUCACACGUCAACAUUCACAUAGCACCGUGUAUUUGUAUCAGUGUACAUAGCUAGCAACAUUGUAAAUGUUUUAAAUACUGUAAAUGUACAGACAUAUUUUAUAUAUGCGACAUUGCCAUAUUUUUAUUGCCUGGUGAGUUGAAAUUGAGGAGAGUCGUAAUUUGAGAGCAGGCCACAGACGUUUAGCAUCAGAGAUAAGAGGAAUCUCAUCACCAUAUUCCUUGAUCAUCUCGCCAUCAUUGAAUUAAUAUUUCCUGGCAUUAUUCAGCCUUGUUAUACUGGAUUAUCUGAUGGACCCUUUGCACAGCAGCCAUUUGACAUGUUUUGCCAGAGAAGCAGAGGUUUUAUGAUAGAUUUAAACACUUCUCAUUCACUUUGAAUGGAGCAGCAUCUCUGCUGACUCUUUCCAAGCGUCGUCUCAAGCAUCAGCCAAUCAAAUCUUGUUAUUCCAUUAUUCCAGUACAGGCUCUAGCCAAGGGAUUGUGACUAAUUAAUAGAUGAGAUAAAAAAAUAAUUGAUAUGAAAACCAUAAAAAAGGAGCUAAAACAUGGGAUUUUUUGAUCCUGAUUAAGUACAGUUUUAGAUUGAAUUUAGUGAUUAACACUGCACUGUUCAAACUGAGCUCUCCGACAAGGUUGUUCUCUCAGUUUAACAAUGUUUUUUGUCAGGUAUAGUGGACCCAACAAUGGCAGAUAUGGACAACAUAGCAUCACCCUCACUUUUAGAAACACUAGCAACUCUUGUUACAUAGUAGGCUAUGACAGACACUGUUCCGUUAACCUCCAGCACCAUGUCAUGUCCAUCCACCAUGAUGUGUUAAUGAUCACAUUAACGAUGUGAUCCGCCCAGUUCACGUCAAAGUGUGGACAGUGUGACAGUGAAACAGCAAGCACCCUGAAUCUGAGUAAGCUGAAACUCAGCUAUUAAUCACAGCUGUGAUUCUCCUACUGCAGCCUGUAAUGGCUGCUGUGCAAAGAGCCCCGUAUAUCGGUGUCAGAACAAGGUUUAUUAAUUAACCAAAUUUGCAUAUUAUGUUCAACUCAGAUUAUGUGAUAUAUUUCUGAAGGCAAUAGAUUUGUCAUUAAUUGUUCACUUUCAUCUCAUGUGCUGCACUGUAGUUCGGGAGUGGGGAUAAUAUCCAUGGUACUGUGUCAUCAUGUCAGCUGUCUGUCCACAUAUCUGUCUCUCUUCCUCUCUCUUCCUGUGGAUGACCCACACUUUUGUUUAUAUGUAAAAGCUACCUGUAAAUAUCACUGUGCAUAUCUGUACGUCAGUUUGCCUGUAUUGCAUAAAUAUGUGCACUCCCCCAGAAAUAAUCUCUUCCGUUGGUCAAAAUCUCUCUCUUGCACCUUCUAACAUGAGAUUUCUGUCUUUAAUCUGUUAGUUUCUUUCUUUCUUCCUGUCUUCCUGUAAGAAAACAAAGAAUGGAAAAAAAAAAGUCAUCAGAUGAAGCCAGGCUAAAAAUGAAACAAGGAAAAAAAAAACACAGCAUUUCUUUUUUAUAUACAUACAUAUAUAGAUAUAUAUGUAUCCUCUGAGAUCUUUUUGUAUAGAUUUGAGUACUUUAAUUUGCACUAUAUUACCAAAUGGCUGGUUGAAGCCAUGCUUAUUAAUUUCCUCUCUUGGGCUACUUGUGAUAAGGAAAUAAAUUACGUCAGUUCAGGUUGAAACAUAUGAAUGCAAGACACUGAUGGAGCCUUUAAAAAUGGGAUCUGGGGAAUUCAUCCUCUUGAUAGCAAACUGGAUCAUGUGAGGAGUUAUCUAUUUUGUGCACGGUUCAGCUUUUUAAAAAAACUGCAUGUUUGAUCCCUCUGCGAGGUUUAGUUUAUACAUCAGUGGAAAUAUUGAUUAUAUUUUCCAUGUUAAAGUCGGAAUUCUCCUAAGAAACAGGGUUUUGCCAUCUUUGCUACCAGGAGGAUAUGAAGCCCCAGCUCUGCCUGCUGCCUACAGACUGGUCCUUUGUGAACGAUGUUGUGCGUCGUUUGUGACCGCUUGGUUUUACGUGUGAUGCCCCCGGAGGCUGCAGCUUCUGCUGGUCACUUUUCAUAAUAGAGCACUUAACCUGGCGGCCUGUCUCACCUUCUCCUCACUCUCUUUUGGCUCAGGGCCGUAACUUUCUGGAGCUUACUUCACAAUCCAGCAGCUUUAUAGGAAAUCAGCACGUAACACUAACAGAAUAAGAAAGUCAGCAUGCAAACUUCUGUUUAAAGUAUAGGCUGAUAACACACGACACGCUUCUGUGAAACAGUCCCCUCUUGGUUGAUGUGUUCGUCCGUGGGCAUGCACUGUACAUGAGUGGCUUUGCCAUGUUUCUGUCUCCAUCCCUGUUUGAGCCACGUCGAGCAUGUUACAUGCACGUCUGUGAGGACGCAUUGAUGGUCAACAAGAAUGCUUCAGCAGCACCUUUUUGCAAAGGAUCAUUACCUCUGAACAAUGCUGUGCCUUUGUUGUAAGCUAGCCUUGCCAACGACUCUAAAAACAUAAACCCAUUUUCCUUUUUUUCUUCUUCUAAAGGUAUCAUAAGUGAUAGCCUGAUUCACGUGUGGAUUGAACAUUAUUGCUGAUGCUAUGUUGUACUGGAUUUCAUCUUGUUCUGUAUCAUAUUUAUAUUCUCCAGAUCUAAAUUGUCAGUUUUGAUAUUUUAAUAUUAUAUAUUAGAUUUGUCUUUUUUUUUUCUUUCUUUUUUUUUGGUCUUAUUUAAGUUUUUUUACACAAGCUGUGAAAACAAUUCUGCACUUUAAUCCUGAACAUGUACAUUUAGACUCUGAGGAGGCAACUGUUUUGUUUUGUUUUCCUUUUGUCACAGCUAAAAUAAAACUGUUGCUCCUUAAACAAACCAAAGACUCACUG